AUGGCCACGAUCGCAGUCGGUCUCCAGGAUGGGCCUCCAACAGCGCCCAAGGGCGACGGACCCUGGGUAUCGGACUACAAGCUUGUUGGCAAUCUAUCGUUCACCCAGGCAAUUACUGCAGUCUCGUCCAUUGUCUUUGCGUACUCUGGUACUCCUGGAUUCUUUCCCAUUGCGGCAGAAAUGCGCAAUCCCUCGAAUUACACAAGAUCCCUACUUAUCUGCCAAUCUGCUGUAACUUCAAUAUACGUCUCUAUUGGUAUCGUCAUUUAUUACUAUUGCGGCUCAUACGUUGCAUCACCAGCCCUUAGAUCUGCCGGUAUAUUGAUCAAGAAGGUGGCAUAUGGCGCACUUCCUGGCCUGGUAGUCAGCACAAUCAUCGUCCUGCAUUUUUCAAGCAAAUAUAUCUUCGUCCGCAUACUACGAGGGUCUGAACAUCUCACGGCCAACUCUUUCAAACACUGGGCAACAUGGUUGAGCUGCACCUUCGCCACUACAGUUUUAUCUUACAUCAUUGCCAGUGCGAUCCCCAUCUUUGGCGAUCUGGUUUCCCUCAUCGGCGCCUUGCUGGGGACUUUCAUGUCCUUCCAGCCAAUGGGAUGCAUGUGGCUAUAUGAUAACUGGAAAAACGGCAGAGAGCAACCAACCCUCAAAUGGAUUCUACUUUCAUCUUGGAGCAUCCUCACCGUUAUCUGUGGGUCUUUUCUUAUGGUUGCUGGAACUUACGGCUCCAGUGUCAAUAUCAUUGCUUCUAACAAGGCGGCUUCAGGUUCUUCUGCGUGGUCAUGCGCUGACAACUCGAACUCUUGA